AUGAUUCUCGCCACCAUUAUUGCCAACUGCAUCGUCCUGGCCCUGGAACAACACUUGCCCGACGGUGACAAGACCCCACUGUCCGGACGUCUGGACGCUACAGAGAUGUAUUUCAUUGGGAUCUUCUGUUUUGAAUCUGGUAUAAAGAUCCUGGCUCUGGGGUUUGCAUUCCACAAGAACUCGUACCUGAGGAAUGGGUGGAAUGUCAUGGACUUUGUGGUGGUCCUCACAGGGAUUCUGUCCACCGUGGGCUCAGAUUUUGACCUGCGGACCCUGAGAGCUGUUCGAGUCUUGAGGCCCCUCAAACUGGUGUCUGGUAUUCCCAGCCUACAGGUGGUGCUCAAAUCCAUCAUGAAGGCCAUGAUUCCUCUGCUCCAAAUUGGCCUCCUGCUUUUCUUCGCCAUUCUCAUGUUCGCCAUCAUCGGCUUGGAGUUUUACAUGGGCAAAUUCCACAAAACCUGCUUUGACAAUCACACAGGCGAGAUCCGAGAAGAGUUCCCAUGUGGGACGGAGCCUCCGUCGCGAUUGUGUCCAGAGGGUACCACGUGUCGAAAGUACUGGCUCGGUCCAAACUACGGCAUCACCCAGUUUGACAACAUCCUUUUUGCUAUCCUCACCGUCUUCCAGUGUAUCACAAUGGAGGGCUGGACUGAACUGCUGUACUAUAGCAACGAUGCCUCAGGGAGCGCAUGGAACUGGAUGUAUUUCAUCCCCCUUAUUAUCAUCGGCUCCUUCUUUAUGCUCAACUUGGUGCUGGGUGUGCUGUCAGGGGAGUUUGCCAAGGAGAGGGAGCGAGUGGAAAACAGAAGUGAGUUCCUGAAGUUGAGGAGGCAGCAGCAGAUUGAAAGGGAACUCAACGGUUACUUGGAGUGGAUCUGCAAAGCUGAAGAGGUUCUCUUGGCAGAUGAUGAAAAUGAAAAUGAUUAUGACGGCUCCCGGAGGAGAGCCACCAAGAACCACAAGAGCAAAGCUGAGCUUCUCAACCCAGAGGAGGGGGAGGGGGACCUGGCAGUUGGUUCACCUUUUGCCCGCGCUAGCUUAAAAAGCUCAAAGUUGGAAGGGUCAUCUUUCAAGAGGCGAGAAAGACGACUGCGCUUCUUUAUCCGACACAUCGUGAAGUCCCAGGCCUUCUACUGGACUGUACUGUGUUUGGUGGGCCUCAACACGCUGUGCGUGGCUGUCGUGCACUACGACCAGCCGGAACCGCUUUCAGAUUUUCUAAAUUAUGCUGAAUUUAUCUUCCUGGGAAUAUUCUUGACGGAGAUGUUUGUCAAGAUGUAUGGUCUGGGAAGGCAGGCAUACCUCAACUCCUCUUUCAACUGCUUCGACUGCAUCGUGAUCUGCGGCAGCAUAUUUGAAGUGCUGUGGUCCGUUAUUCAGCCGGGCACGUCAUUCGGCAUCAGCGUUUUACGAGCUCUCAGGUUAUUGAGGAUCUUCAAGGUCACCAAGUAUUGGGCAUCUUUAAGGAACCUUGUGGUGUCUUUGCUCAAUUCCAUGAAGUCCAUCAUCAGCUUGCUCUUCCUCCUCUUCCUCUUCAUAGUCGUCUUCGCCCUGCUGGGAAUGCAACUCUUCGGAGGACAGUUUAAUUUUGAAAACGGCACUCCUUCAACAAACUUUGAUACCUUCCCGGCAGCGAUAAUGACAGUUUUUCAGAUCCUGACAGGCGAAGACUGGAACAUGGUGAUGUAUUCCGGCAUCAAGUCUCAGGGCGGAGUCAACAAGGGCAUGGCCUUCUCAGUCUUCUUCAUCGUGCUCACUCUUUUUGGCAACUAUACUCUGCUGAAUGUUUUCUUGGCUAUCGCUGUGGACAAUUUGGCCAACGCGCAGGAGCUAACUAAGGAUGAGCAAGAAGAGGAGGAGGCUGCCAGUCAGAAGAUCGCAUUGCAGAAAGCCAAGGAGGUGGCGGAAGUCAGCCCCCUGUCGGCUGCCAACCUCUCCAUAGCAGCCAACAAAGUACACAGUGAUUGUCACAGCGCUACUGACCCCUUUCUGGACUGUAAGGAGCAGCAGAAGAACCACAAUAAGGGGCUCAAUAAGUCUGUGUGGGAGCAGCGCACCAAGGAGCUGAGGAAGCAAACUCUGGCAUCCAGCCGAGAAGCCCUCUACAACGAGCUGGACACUGAAGACCGCUGGAAGGCAAGGACGGGGAGGGAAGAACACAACAAUGUCAACUACUCACGCCACGUCCGACCAGAUAUGAAAACUCACCUGGAUCGACCUUUGGUGGUCGACCCCCUUGAGAAUCGCAACAACAAUACCAACAAGAACACGGACAACAAUCCAGACCUCUGCUUCACCCAGCAGCAUCCUGCCGAUGACGUCCACAGGCAAACGCGGCACCACGAACGCGGCUGUCAAGGAGGCCCCGCCAAAUCUCCUCCAGAGCGAGGCGAGUCAACUGAGAGCAGGCGUAGCCGCAAAAGUACCCAUCACCAUCGUAGCUCCCACGUACGAUUGGAUACAACUGUGAUUCCCGGGCCGGGCUCGGAGGAGAGGCCGACGAGGCGCCAUCAUCACAAUCGCAGCGGAAGUCGAGGGACGGGACAGUCCGAACACAGGAGACCUCGAAUGCAUCGCAAGACUGAUCAAGAGGAAGAUGGUCGAGAAGGAACUGGAAAAGCUGGAAGACACAAGAACAAAGGGGUCGAUGAAGGUGGGGAGGGAGGAGAGAAGGAAGCAGCUGCUGAUGGAGGUGAGAGGAGGCCGAGAAGGGGUCGCCAUAGCAACCAGACGGAAGGCGAGGGGAAGAAAAUGUGCCAGCGUCGACGGAAGGAUGGUAGUGUACCGAACCUCUCUACCACAAGGCCCAUCCAAAAGAGGCUGUCCAGGCAGGACAGUGAAGAUAUGGACAACCUCAUGAAUACCAAAUUGGUUUCGGACUCCGCCCCUUCCAACGAGCAUCACCCAAUUCCACUUGCCAACCACACUGGGGACCCCGGCUUUGAAUCCGCCUUCCAACUCGCUAACAGCGGCGCUCGAGGGAGUUCGGUCCAGUUGGACAGCUACGGGAACGUCGGACAUCGCCGUGCCAACAGCAUCAUCAGACAGCCCCGCCCUGACCACACAGCUGUGGACAUGCCGAUCUUCCCGUCCACCAAUGCCAUCCUGCAGGUCAAUAAAAAUGCAAACACAGAGCCUUUACCAGCGAAGGAGGACAAAGACGAUGAUGACGAUGCAAAGGGAGGUGAUGGAGGACCCAGGCCCAUGCCUCCCUUUACCUCCAUGUUUAUCCUGACCACCACUAACCCGUUUCGUCGGGCCUGUCACUACAUCUGCACCCUGCGCUACUUCGAGAUGUGUAUUCUGCUGGUCAUCGCCAUGAGUAGUAUUGCCCUUGCUGCCGAAGACCCCGUCUGGCCUGAUUCUACUCGCAACAAUGUCCUGCGUUAUUUUGACUAUGUCUUCACUGGAGUGUUCACAUUUGAGAUGCUAAUUAAGAUGGUGGACCUGGGGCUGGUUUUGCACCAGGGCUCUUAUUUCCGUGACUUGUGGAACAUCCUUGACUUUAUUGUGGUUAGUGGCGCACUGGUGGCCUUCGCCUUCACGGGGAGCAGCAAAGGAAAAGAUAUCAGCACCAUCAAGUCUCUGAGGGUUCUCAGAGUGCUGCGGCCACUUAAGACGAUAAAACGUCUUCCCAAACUCAAGGCUGUUUUUGACUGCGUAGUGAACUCUCUGAAGAACGUCCUCAACAUUCUGAUCGUCUACCUACUCUUCAUGUUCAUCUUUGCUGUGGUGGCUGUGCAGCUCUUCAAGGGACGUUUCUUUUUUUGCAGCGAUGAAUCCAAAGAGUUUGAGCGCGACUGCAGAGGCGAGUUUUUGGUGUACGGGCGCGAUAACGAAGUGAAAGCACAGAAACGGGAGUGGAAGAAGUACGAAUUCCACUACGACAACGUGGCUUGGGCCCUGCUCACCCUCUUCACCGUGUCAACCGGAGAGGGGUGGCCGGACGUGCUGAAACAUUCAGUGGACGCGACUUAUGAGAAUCAGGGCCCCAGCCCGGGCUAUCGGAUGGAGAUGUCCAUCUUUUACGUGGUGUACUUCGUGGUCUUCCCCUUUUUCUUUGUCAAUAUCUUCGUGGCUCUCAUUAUCAUCACCUUCCAGGAGCAAGGGGACAAAAUGAUGGAGGAUUACAGUUUAGAAAAGAAUGAGAGAGCUUGUAUCGAUUUUGCCAUCAACGCCAAGCCUCUGACUCGCCACAUGCCCAAGAACAAGCUCAGCUUUCAGUACCGCAUGUGGGAGUUUGUGGUGUCGCCACCAUUUGAGUACACCAUCAUGGCGAUGAUUGCGCUCAACACAAUUGUCCUUAUGAUGAAGUACGAUGGAGCUUCAGAUACCUACGAAGCUGUGUUAGCCAACCUCAACAUAGUGUUUACCUCGCUCUUCUCCAUGGAAUGUGUACUCAAGAUUAUUGCCUUUGGAGCACUGAAUUAUUUUAAAGAUGCCUGGAACAUUUUUGACUGUGUGACUGUUCUAGGCAGCAUCACUGACAUUCUGGUUACUGAACUCGGGAAUAACUUCAUCAACCUGAGUUUCCUGAGGCUGUUCAGGGCAGCUCGCCUCAUCAAGUUGCUGAGGCAAGGAGAAACAAUUCGCAUCUUGCUCUGGACCUUCGUUCAGUCCUUCAAGGCUCUGCCUUAUGUAUGCCUCCUCAUUGCCAUGCUCUUCUUCAUCUAUGCCAUCAUUGGGAUGCAGCUUUUUGGCAAUAUUGCUAUUGAAGAAGACGGAGAGGGCGCCAUCGACCAACACAACAACUUCAGAACCUUCGUUCAGGCUCUCAUGCUGCUCUUCAGGAGUGCAACUGGGGAGGCGUGGCACGAGAUCAUGCUGGCGUGUCUCGGGGGCAAAGAGUGCGACGAGCUGUCAGGGAACACCGAGCCGGAGUGUGGCAGCCAAGUGGCUUACCUCUACUUUGUCUCCUUCAUCUUCUUCUGUUCAUUUUUGAUGCUGAAUCUGUUUGUGGCUGUCAUCAUGGACAACUUUGAGUACUUGACCAGGGAUUCUUCUAUACUUGGACCUCACCACUUGGAUGAGUAUGUCAGAAUAUGGGCGGAGUAUGAUCCUGCUGCCUGCGGGCGCAUUCAUUAUAAGGACAUGUACAGUUUAUUACGAGUUAUCGACCCCCCUCUCGGCUUAGGCAAGAAAUGCCCCCAUAGGGUGGCCUGCAAGAGACUGCUCCGCAUGGAUCUGCCCGUGGCCGACGACAACACGGUCCACUUUAACUCCACCCUCAUGGCUCUGAUCCGCACUGCGCUGGACAUCAAGAUUGCCAAGAUUUCUGAAGGUGGUAUUGACAAGCACCAGAUGGACGCAGAACUGAGGAAAGAGAUGAUGGCCAUCUGGCCCAAUCUCUCCCAGAAGCAUCUGGACUUGCUGGUCACGCCCCACAAGUCAGCGACAGACCUGACAGUUGGCAAAAUCUACGCUGCCAUGAUGAUCAUGGAGUACUACCGCCAGAGCAAGAUCAAGCGCUCGCAGGCACUCCGGGAUGAGCAGCGCGUGGAACCGCCUUCCCCGACCCAGGACGGGGGUCCGGGCCUUAACAGUGCCCUCCCUCCACCUGAGACGACGGAGACAAUGAGCAGCCUCCCGGUGGAAGUGGGGGUCCCAGAGAGCCACUCAUGGGUCACGGCUCGUGCUCAAGAGAUGUCCCAAAAGGUCGGAAGCUGGAGCCCAGAAGAUGGCCUGGGAAGCAUGACCACCUCCCAGACGGUAGAGAUGAGAGAGAUGGGGCAGGAUGGUUACUCGGAUACUGAGCACUUUCCACCAAUGGACGGCCACGGCAGGGCCGCUUCCAUGCCCCGCCUACCAGGCGACAACCAAAAGCGGAGGAAGGGGAAGCAGCGUGGCAGUCACCUCAGUACCAUCAGUGACAACAGCCCCAUGAAGCGCUCGGCCUCGUCGUUGGGUCACAGCAGGUCAGGACGCGCCAGCCGAGACAAAGCGGGCCCAAAUGCUUACAACAUGGAGCGCGUAAUAUCUGAGGAAGGUCGGGCCUCCCGGCACGGGCACAGGAGGAAAGAGCGCAGUCACCGCGCCUCCGAGAGGUCACUGUGUCGCUACACGGAGGCUGACACAGACACCCAGCAGUCAGGUGACCUGAUGUCCAAGGACAGGGAUCGGGACAGAGAUCGUGGCAGGUCCAAAGACCGCAAGCACCAUCACCAUCACCACCACCAUCACGGUUCCGCGGACAAAGAACGCUACGCCGCCGAGCGAGGUGGGGAGUACGUCCGCAAGCCUUCUCGUGACAGAGAACCCGACAGGGAGAGAGAGCGAGAGAGGGACCCUCGCUGGUCUCGAUCCCCCAGCGAGGGCCGCGACUGCAUGACGCACAGACAGGGCAGUAGUUCGGUCAGCGGAAGCCCUGUUCCAUCAACCUCCGGGACUAGCACGCCACGCCGAGGCCGACGCCAGUUGCCUCAGACGCCCGCGACGCCCCGCCCCCAUGUUACGUACUCCCCUGUAGUCCGUAAAGCCGUGCCCCCGCAGCCUGUGGGGCCUCAGGGGCGGGCACCGGUCCCAGCGCCCCGACGAUUAUCUCCUGAUGCCCCCCAAGGUCAGGUUCCUCUUGCUGGCAUCCCUCCAGCCCACCAUGCCGUGCCCCGCCAGGGUCAUCACCCUCCACUUCGCUGGGCGGACGCAGACGGAGGAGCCAUAGAAGGGGACGGCUGCUUUUACAACCAAAACUACAUCCCCCACCAUGAACCCCCCACCCACGAGCCAGGCGGCAACCCCCAUCCGCACACGCACCCCUUGACCAGCCACCCACUGCCACCUCCUCCCCAACCACAGCCACGCAACCUGCACGCCCUCCCUCCACCCCAGCCGCACCCUAUAAACAACCCCCACCCUCACCCCUUGCCACAAUACCCGCAGCCAAACCGUACCUCACCUCGGACCGUCCACCACGUGCCCCCUUCUGGCGCUCCCCUUCAAAGCCAAGUGCAAGCCCCCGUCCAGCGCCGCCUACCCAACGGUUACCGCUCUUCGUCACCUUCCACACAUCUCCACGGACCCCAACACAGUGGGCCUCACAAGGUCCCACCCCCAGGGGGACACCCUAGAGGACCCCGCAAGGGCCUCCACGAACCCUAUUGCGAGAAGGAGCAGGACGACUGGUGCUAGCCUCCGGGGAUCGGGGAAGGACGUAAGGAUGCGGACUUGCGUGGCAUCCGCCCUUCCCUCCGCCAGUGCUUGAAAUGUUGCGGGAACGCUGGGCUUGACCGGGCGUCAGGAUGAAGGAAUGGAAACACGGAUGCUAAGGCAGGAUCGGGGACGGGGGGGCCACGGGGUGGAAACAGGAAGGGGUACCAAAUGUUGCAUUCGUCACUUGGCAAACGUCAAUCUACAACUUUGAAGGAUGCAAGUCGGAAGGGUGAUUUUAAAUUCUGCCACUGGUCAAGAGCUACAGCCACUUACAAGAUGUCAAGAGUUGCGACUCGAGAAAAAAAAAAAAAAAAAAGAAAAGAAACAAAAGACACUUUACAGUCAAAGAUAAAAAUACGAUUUUUUUUUGUUGUUGUUUUUGCUUCCUAACUUGAAUUGUAUUAGCUUGUAAGGGAGUCGAUUCCAACCCCGCCCAGCCACUCAAUGAAUAUUGAUGAGUUUUAUCAUCUGUGUUUUUAAAUAAGAACAAAACUGAGGCCGAGCCCGCCGCCUGUAUGAGGCGAGAGGUUUACUGUAGGUGGGUAGGAUAGUUAGGGAUAAUUAGGAGGGGGGGGGGGUCCACUCGGGUUGGAUGGAACCCGAGGACGGUUAUCCUUAUCCCUGCAGCUCGCCCUCUGCCCGGGAACAGACGGACUACUCCCAGCUUCCUCCACCGUGUUGAAGAAAAACAGAGUGAUGAUGGGUUUAACCACCAAACCGGUUUUCUGCAGCAUUUCUUCUUCUCUUACUGCAGCUUCUGCUUCUUCUUCAAAACACUCAAGCUUGAAUCUUCUGUUAUCCAAACAACCACACCGCUUUUUUUAAGACGUGUGUAACCCCCGCGUGAUCUUGCAUGAAUGAUUAUAAAGAAAGAUAACACUAGGAACAAUGAGAAUCUACUUUAUGUAAGGGGGGGGCAUUUUUCUUCGUAUUGUAGGCUGUAGGUUUCUGCCCUUUUGGGUGGGGUGCGUGAAAUUGGUUCUGUUUCUCUCUCUCUUUCCUCCCCUUUUUUGACAUCCCUCUCUUUAUAACCUCAUAUUCAGUCAAAAGGUCAUAGAGAGGUCGUGUGUCAUUGUAAGUAAGAAAAAAAGAGUUAUUGCUUGCGUGUCUCUAUGUUGUGUGCCAAAUGCCUGCCACUUACGCAGAUGGAAAUGCACUUUUUUUUUUAUCUUCUGAACUUUUCCAACAACAGUGAUAAUCUUAAAACGAUAAACUGGCAAGCAGGGUAACGUGGACGUGGGCGCAUUCGUCUUUUGUGGGAAACAUUUCCGAGCUCUUCCAAAUAUCGAUAGACAGAAAGGCAGAGAGUGGAGAGAAACUUUUCUUUUGACCAUGACAAGGGAAGGCGUACGUGCAAUGUCAUACUUAUGUGAUCAUAAAAUGGAAUGUUCCAUUUCGGGAAUUUGUUCGAACCCUGGGGUGCAACUCGGCCCCAUUGCAUCACGGGUGUACAAGAAAAUCAUUUUGAACUUCUAAGGAUACACUGGAACCUUCAAAGUUGAACAUAAUUUAUACUGUGACUUCAGAUUAUUUACGUUCCUUGCGUCACCCCCUUUCACUUUGCACAUGCGAUCAAGAACCUUAAACCGGGGGUCAGGAACCUACGGCUCACGUGCCAUACCUGGCUCUUCUGGUGGUCGCGUAUGGCUCGCGUAGCCUUCAUAACGACAUACUGUACAUGGGAUUUCUGUAGUGCAGAGAAGGUUUGUCCUAGUGGGGUACCGUAGUUAGCUGUGGGAGACAACACAAAUGACAGAGUGACUGGUUGGCCUAGCAGGUUGCCGUAGUUUUUGCGUGGCAGUCGAUGUCCAGACUUGCAGAAGGGUCUAAUGGUGAUCGUGUCGGAACAACUGAUUAUGGAAAAGCUUUUGACAAAGGUAAAAAAAAUAUGAGGAGUACAGAAGUUUUCAACAAGAAUGGACAGCCAUUGUGGAGAGGGAGGGUUCUGCUGUGUGUUUAAAUUCACAGAUGGGGAGUAUGCCAGAGCAUUCGUAUUCAGCGUUGCCAAUCAACAUUUUGCCGUCACAAAAACACAAGAUAAUCGAACGAAUAAAAGACAUGCCUUUGUCGGCAAGAACUCUUCACCGCCGUACCAGCAUGAUGGAAAAUCAAAUUGAAUUAACGGAUGGAAAUCUCAACGCCAGCGUGAAGCUUAUUCUGACAAUGUAUGAAACACACUAUCAAGCCAUUAGCAAAACCAGGAAGCACCUGAAGUCGCAUUAAUGUUACAGGGCUUCACAAAGUUAUUGGCACUUGGAACACAGAGAGAAGAGCUGGACCGGCGCUACAGGAUUUUCGACGCGGGCCGAAGAGCGAGGGGCCAAGCCAGCACUGUGCGG